GUAUGUGGGAACAGCCUGUGCAUGGGUCAAAGUACGAAAAUAAAGGGAUUGAAAACGAAAAAAAUCCAGGAUUGAAUUUUCGUUAACUAGUGUUUGGUUGAUAUUCUAUAUUAUCUUCUUAUAACUCAUUAAAAUGUGUAGCUCAUAAUUUGUGGGAAUCAACAUAUACAAAAGCUGAGAAUAAUAAAGCAUGAUUCCAAUAUCUUGUCAGUUCUUUUUCUAUUUCUUUUUCAUUCCUUCUCUCUCAUCUGGAGCUGAUACUUUAUCUGUGAAUAAAUCUCUCUAUGGAAACCAGACCCUUAUCUCUCUUGCUGAAAAUUUUGAAUUGGGUUUCUUUAAACCAGGUGAGUCUCAAAACUAUUACAUAGGAAUUUGGUACAAGAAAGUCAAAACAAGAACCAUAGUCUGGGUAGCAAAUAGAGAGACACCCAUCUCGGAUGCAUUCUCUUCUAAAUUACAAAUUGUCAAUGCUAACUUAGUGCUCUUAAAUGAGUCAAACACCCAAAUUUGGUCUACAAAUAUAAGCCCAAUGUUGUGUUCCAGCCUCCAAAGCUACAGUAGCCACCUUUGUUGACAAAAUGAGACCUAGGGUGACAAAGUCUUCCAACCCUAUGAUGAACACAGUUAAUGAAGGCAACUACAAUGGUGGCUGCCAAGACUAUAAAUAGAGACUUCAUUCUUCAGUUGUAAGCAUCCCAAACACAGAGAAACAUAUAGUAUAACACUUAGAGUGAGAGUGUUAGUGAGAGGGUUGGUUUUUUUGUAAUAGUUGAGUGUGAGUGUUGCUCCUCCUAUUGUAAUUCUAUUUUAGUGUUUAAUAGAAGAGUUUUCCAACCCCAACACCCAACACCUACACCCACAACUUCUGCAUGGGUGAUCUUCUUGAUGAUGGUAAUUUAGUUUUGAGAUAUAAUUUAAGUUCAAGUUCAAUCACACCAAUUUGGCAAAGUUUUGAUCAUCCAACCCAUACAUUCUUGCCUGGUGGUAAGUUGGGAUACAACAAGAGGACGAAUAUGAAGCAGAUUAUUACUUCAUGGAAAAGUAUAGAAGAUCCUGCAAGUGGUCUUUUUUCUGUAGAGAUCGACCAAACUGAGAAUCAGUAUCUACUUUUGUGGAAUAGAUCUCAGGUGUAUCUGGCUAGUGGAUCUUGGGAUGGUAAAAUAUUCAGCUCCAUGCCUGAAAUGAGAUCAAACAAUGUCAAUAACUUCAGCCACAUUGACAAUGAAAAUGAGAGUUAUUUUACAUUUUCUAUGUAUAAUUCUACACUUACUUCUAGAUGCAUCAUAGAUGUCUCAUGGCAGUUUCAGCUGCAUGCAUAUAUAGAAACUACUGCGGAAUGGGCUUUCUUUUGGUCUCAACCUAGAUAAGUAUGUACGAUCUAUGCUUUAUGUGGGGCUUUCGGUAGUUGCAGGCAGACUGAAUUUCCAUUAAUCUGUAAUUGUUUGACUGCUUUUGAGCCAAGAUCAGAGAUUGAUUGGAAUUUGAGUGAUUUCUCUGGUGGGUGUGUGAGAAAAACAGACUUCAGCUGUAGUGUUAGAGAACAAAAACCUGGGUUUGUUGUAGGUUAUGUCCCUCUCAAUUAUCUUCCCACAUAUCUUGAAAAUGAAAGUCUGGAAUUGGAUGAACCAGCAUGCAAAAGAUCUUGCUCGGAUGACUGCAGUUGUGAUGUAUAUGGUGUUAUCUCCAAUAAAUGUCUACUUUUGAAUAGUGAGAUCUUGAAUAAUAUAUCAAGUUUCUUUGUUUCAGAAGAUUCUAAUAGUCUGACAAUUCCAUUCAACAUCAAAGUUUCUUCGUCCGAUCUUGCUAACAUUACUGAAAAAAUCAAUACCAAAGUGCUAGUAGCAGCAUUGGCAUUAUAUUCUACAGAAGGGUGAAAAGACAAGGAAGGAAGUAGAGACAUGAACCGAGAUUAUUUAGAUUUGCAGUUUCAAGACAAUGGAAGAAAUGUUAGAAAUCUAGCAGAUCCAGGGAUAUUGAGUGCAGAAGACAGGAAAGGCAUUGAUGUACCUUUCAUUGAUUUUAAUACCAUACUAUCUGCCACAGAGAAUUUUUCGCUUUCAAAUAAACUUGGACAAGGGGGAUUUGGGCCUGUGUACAAGGUAACAACUCUUGAUUUUAGCUUAUUAAUAGCAUACUAUACUCAUAUCCUGUUGUCUCUGUAAGCAAAACAGGUGUUGUGAUUGCUGUGAAAAGAAAGGAAGAACAGAGUAGAACAGGGGAUUAAUUGCAAGGGUAUUUUGGGGCAAUUUUCUCCUGUAUUCAACUGAUAAAAAGACUGCAACAUACAACUCUUUAAAUAAUAAAGGGAAAAUGACUUAAAAGCCCAACGAAGUUUCCAAACCGUUCAAAAAACCCCAAUCAUGUUUUGUUUGUUCAAAAAAACCCAACAAACUUAACAUUUUGUCUAAAAAGCCCAACUAAGUUAGACUUUCCUGAAAGUCAAAUAAGAGAAACAGACGACGUGACUUAUUACCCUAUCGAUAAAAUGACUUGUUAGACCAACGAAGUUUCCAAAACGUUUAAAAAACUCCAAUCAUGUUUUGACUGUUCAAAAAAAACCCAACGAACUUAAACAAAACAAAAUUGGAAUUUUCUGGAUAGUUUGGAACUUUGUUGGACUUUUUAGACAAAAGGUUAAGUUCGUUGGGUUUUUUUGAACAAACAAAACAUGAUUGAGGUUUUUUGAAUGGUUUGGAAAUUUCGUUGGGCUUUUAAGUCAUUUUCCCAAUAAUAAAAGACUUCCAAUAAACUAGGACCACUGCUACCACUAUUUCAAUAACCAAUGGUUUAUUUAUUGACUCCUAAAAAUAUUGAUGACUAAAUCAAAUAAAACCAACAGACUAGGAAAAGUAAAUGACCAAGUCUUCUGUUGCAAGUUUGGAUUAUAGUCCAACAUGCUCCCCCUUAAUCCGAAGUUGCAUUUCCAACAUCUUUGACUCCCAAAAGUUCCUUCAUUUCAUUGAAUUUGACCCUUGCCAUUGCUUUUGUUAAGACAUCUGCACGUUGUUCUUCCAACCUGACAUACUUCACGAUGAUCUUUCCUUCCUCCACACAUUCACAUAUGAAAUGGAACCGAGCUUCAAUGUGCUUGCUUCUCCUGUCAAAAACGGGGUUUUUCAACAAUGAAAUCGCAGAUUUGUUGUCUACAUAAAGAACAACCGGACCAACUUGACGUUUGGUUAGAUGACUGAGUAGUGCCCGUAACCAAACACUUUGACAUGCUGCAGCUGUAGCUGUGAUGAACUCUGAUUCAUAUGACGAGAGUGCAACACUUUUCUGCUUUUGUGAGCACCAUGAAAUCAGAUUGUUGUUGAGGUAGAAUGCCAUUCCACUUGUACUCUUUCGAUCAUCGAUGUCUCCUUGCAAACUACUAUCGGUGUAAAGCCUGUCAAUGCCACACCUUCUUGUUGUGAAUAUCUAAGACCAGAAUGAAUAGAUCCCUUCACAUAUCGCAGAAUAUGCUUCACGGCCUGAUAAUGUUGGGUUCUGGGUUGCUCUAUGUACGUGCUCACAAUCCCAACAACAUAUGUGAGAUCGGGUCGGGUGUGAAGGAGAUACCGUAAACUGCCAACAAUACUUUUAAACACGGUUGGGUUUACGGGUUUUCCCUCACCAUGUUUGCUAAGCUACAGCUUCUGUUGCAUUGGUAUUUUGGUGGGAUUACAAUAUGCCAUUCCAGCCUUCUCUAGUAGUUUCUUUGCAUAAGUGGAUUGGCUCAAUGAAAUGCAUUCGUUCUCAUGUUUUACUUCAAUACCCAGGUAGUAUGAAAGAGGCCCCAAAGCACUCGUUUCAAAUUGACUUUGUAUCUGUUUUUUAAGCUUUCCAAUUGCACCAGUAUCGGUACCUGUUAUUAUCAUGUCAUCGACAUAAAUACCGAUAAUCAAGACAUCAUCACCAAUAUGUUUGGAGUACACCGCAUGCUCCACUGGGCAACGACUAAAACCAAGAGUUUUUAAGCUCUUGACUAGUCGAGUGUUCCAAGCUCUUGGGGGUUGGCGAAGGCCAUACAACGCCUUGAAUAACCUGUACACCUUUGAAGUUUAAUUUUCCUUCACAAACCCUUCAGGUUGGGUUACAUAAACUUUUUCCUGGAGCUCCCCAUUAAGGAAGCCUGAUUUCACAUCAAAGUGAUGAACCUCCCACCCUCUCGAUGCUGCAAGUGCAAGAAAUAACCUGAUUGUUUCCAUACGAGCAACGGGAGCGAACACUUCUUCAAAAUCGACACCGUGUUUUUGAACAUAUCCUUUCGCGACAAGUCAGGCUUUAUGCUUGAUCACAUUACCCUCCUAAUCCCUUUUUAGCCUAAAUACCCACUUCAAUCCAAUCGGCUUGUGACCGGUCGGUAGGUCGGUGAGUUCCCAGGUACGUUUUUUUUCAAUUGCUUCCCACUCGUUCUUCAUUGCAGCCUGCCAUUUAGCAUGUUUCACAGCAUGUGAAUAUGUUGUGGGUUCAUUGAUACGAUCCUAGACCACAAGCCACAGAAGACCCAUUGACCACAACUGGGCCAACCUUCCAAUCCAAUGAAGGAUCAACUUGAGCAACCCAAAAAGCAACAUAAAGUGUCUUUCACGUCUGCAUCAUUCUAGGAGGGAGACCUGGUCUUUCCUCAUGUGUCAAAUAAUGGAGUUAGUGCUCUUGUGUAGAAGCCACGUUUAGAUUAAGUGCAUGCAUGGUCAUUUAGUUAUUGUUGAGAGUCAGUUGUUAGUCAUUAUAUAAGUUGUAAUCUUUUGUUAGUGAAAAAAAGAUAGCAGAGAAAAUUGUUCCAAACCUGUGUUUCUUCUUAUUUCUAUCUUCUUGGAGGUUAACCCACUUAAGGGUCCUAUCAAUUUGGUGCUUUCAUUCUCAAUCUCCCCACCAUGCCUCCCCGGAAAGAUACUGCAACUGACAUACCUCCUAAACCAGAUCACCAACCAGCUACUAAUCCACCAGACCACAUUCAAGCUCUUCUCCAUCUUGCCACUGCCACCAAUACCCGACUUGACACCCUCACCACAAACGUUGCAAAUCUGAUCAACAUCAUGACGACUCAACACACCAACCAUCCACCACCUCCGCCGCCACAGCCACCGGCGUUCAAUCACAACCCCCGGCCACCGAAAAUCCAUCUCCCUACAUUUGACGGUUCUAAUCCUCUCAAUUGGCUGUUUCGAGCCACCAAUUACUUUGACUAUUAUUCCAUCCAACCCACCCAACGUCUCUCCUUGGCUCAAUUUUACUUUACCGGUGAGGCCCUGAGUUGGUACAAAUACUUAGCCAACAACAAUGUAACAUCCCGAAAUAUCAAGAGUAGAGUGGAAGGGCUAAAAGAGUAAUUGGGAAUGAGUGACUCGGCGAGUCCAUGGGUGGACUCGGCGAGUAGAGUCGCGACUGGGUCGCGUGUUAAGUAGCCGACUCGGCGAGUCAGUAAGAUGGACUCGGCGAGUAGGCGCUGAGUGGAGAAAACCCUAAUUCUCGGGGUUGAGCCCUAUAUAAAGAUCAUUAUGUUUUCCUCCCAGCCUCUUUGUUCCCCCUUAAGUUCCAGAAAUCCUAAAAUCGUGGAGAAGCACCAUUGUUGAGCAAUUUGAAGCUUGAAGAGGUGGUUGUUGAAGAGAUUCCAAAGAAGAAGAGGCUUGGAUCAAAGGGCUUUGCAAGGAUUCGGGAUAAUCUUCUCUUGGAGCUUCCUUUUGAGGUAUCUUUCCAUUGUUUGAGCUGCUAUUGUCUAGAUUCUUCAUUUUGGGGGUGUUGAGAUCAUAUCCUUUGGAUGUAUUGGAGUUUAGAGGCUAGAUCUGAGGUUGCUACCUCAGAUCUGGGAUGGAGAAGAGUUAGAAUGCAUGAAAGUCCCUGUGUUGAGUGUUGGAUGAAGCUAUCUUGUUCCAAACCUUAGCCCUAAUGUGCAAAAUGCAUAGAUCUCUUUGGAUUCAUGUAAAGUUUGCCACUUUACGUGAUGGAUGAGUUGUAGGAGGCUAGAUCUAUGUUUUGGAGCAAUUGCAUGGCCUGGAGUGCUUCUGUAUGGAUUCAGACCGGUGGUACUCGGAGAGUCACAUGGGUGGACUCGACGAGUUGCUUGAAGAUUGCCUGGAACUUGGCGAGUUGUAUGAACAACUCGGUGAGUAGGUUGAAGAUAGCCUUAGACUCAGCGAGUCUGUUCUUGGGCUCGACGAGUCUUGUUGAAGAGUCCCAGUAUUUUCUGGUCGAGUCGAGAAUCGGUGAGUCAAGGGAUGACUCAAUGAGUUGUGUGCGAGUGGACUCAGAGUUGUUGAACUCGACGAGUCUCGGGGUGACUCGGCGAGUUAGGUCGCGGUUUGAAGGAAGUUCUGAGUAUGGGGAUUCGGCGAGUCAUCGGGUUGACUCGGCGAGUAGAGUCAGUCAGGGGUUGAGUUUGACCUUGUUUUUGACCAAGGGUUGACCAGUGGUUUCCAGGGGCAUUUUAGUAAUUGUUGAUUGUUGUUUUGAGUUCAGUGCAUUGGCGGUUGUCCAGUGGUGGAGAUCGUAUCAGUGAUCGGAGCAGUUCGGGUUACCUGUUCAGUCGGCAGUUUCGAGGUGAGUUAUCCUCACUAUAUCAACAGGGUCUAAGGCACCAAGGCUGACCCUUAUCGGAUUGAGAUCCGGGUAGUUGUUAUUAUGUUGAUUGUUAUGUUAUGUUUGCAUCCCGAGAGCUAGGAUGGUAUAUAGAGACCUGUUUGAGAACGGUACCCUGAGAGAUAGGGAGAUGCUAUGCUAGUGACUUGUUAGGUCGGUAUCCUGGUUAGGAUGAUGAUAUGCUAUGUGAUCUGUUUGAUCUGCUUGUUGACUGUGAGUUGCUAUAUGAUUGUAUGUAUAUGUGCACAUGGUUGUUUGGACUGGAGUUGGGUUGAGGCGGGUCCUGCUGUGUGCUGUAGGCCAAGAUACCCAGGGCGGACCGGUUGUCCCGAAGGCCCAGCGAGCGGUCCGGAUAGGCUAUAGGCCCGAAAGGGCGGACCAGACGUGCCGAAGGCUCGGAGAGUGGACCAGAUAGACUGAAGGCCCGGUGCGGGCGGACCAGUCAUAUUGUAGACUCAGAGAGUGGACCAGGUGGAUUGAAGGCCCGGGAGCGGGCGGACCAAUCACACUGCAGACUCGAUGUAUGUGGAUAGACUCAGAGGGUGGACCAGGUGGACUGUAGGUCGGUGCGGCGGACCAGUCACACAGUAGAACCGAAGUGCAUGGCUGUUCUGUGAUCGGAUAUGUUAUGGCAUGUUAUGCGUGUAUGGUAUUUGUGGUUGGUAUUUUGGGGAUAUCUCAUUAAGCUUUCGGGCUUACAGUUGUGGUUUCAUGUUUUUCAGGUUCUUCAGGAGACUGUGACAAGGCGAAGGCGUGAUCGUAACGCUCCUCAUGAUUUCGUAGUAUUGUGAUUCUGGGAACACGUUAAAUGAAAACCUUUUUGUAUUGUGAUUUCGUAAUGCUCCUCAUGAUUUCGUAGUAUUGAAAACCUUUUUGUAAAGAUUUAAUGGAAUCGAGAUGUUUUUGAAAAAUUUAAAAUUGGUUGUACUUUUCGGUCAUUACAAGUUGGUAUCAAAGCCUUGGUUUGAGUGAAUUGGAGGAACAUUCGUGUGACUCCAGUCUCUAAUCGAGGAGAGUUUUCAAAAGAGUAUUUAAAAUGGUUUUCAAAAUGAGUAAGGGAGGACGUGGAGGUACGAUCAGCCGGAGCCAGUAAGUAACCCCAAAAUACCAUGCAUGUUAUGUGUUUUUGAGCUUUGAUAGAACAGCAUGCUAGUGAUAGGCUAGGGAUCUUCAGGAUUUCAUGAUAUGUUGCCUGAUUUGUGAUGCCUGUAGCCUAGGGUUCCUUAUGAGAUAUUUUCAGUGUUCCUCUAGUGGUGAGGGUUGAGCGUUGCUAUGCAUGUUUCUCUAGGGCGUUGUGGUAGUAUUUCAUACAAAUAUGGGUAGGUGUGGAAGGUAGUAUGGGCCCGUACUACUGAAAGCACAGGACCCAUACGCGUAUCAGGGAAACCAUGAUCUCUAGGGUGGGGUUGAGGGAGUUGGAACCCAGGAUGGUGGGAUGAGUCUGAGAUUUUGUGUGGUGUUUUUCAGUAUGGAGAUUCCGAAGCAUGAUGAGAGUGGAUCUGGAUCAGGAUCGGGAGCUGGAGAGAGAGUUCCGGGCGGAUCGGUGCCGCCCGAGGUUAUCAGUCAGAUGAGCACGAGCGAGUUGGAUGCGAGGAUUCAUGAGAUCCUGCAUGAUGAGACUGUUGAUUUGUUCUGGGCUGAGUUGCCGGAGCUGUUUGGGUCGAUUAAGACCGCCAUGGUUGAGUAUUUUGAUGAGCGCUAUGCAGCUCUCACUGAGACGGCUGCCGCGACAGCUACAGCGGCUGUAGCAGCGGCAGGGGGAGGAGCUAGUCGGGGUUUUCAGUAUCGGGACUUCGAUAAUACGAAGCCUCCCACAUUCGAUGGAGUUCAGGACCCGAUUGUUGCUAUGAGGUGGUUAUCAGACGUGGAGGGGUGUUUCUUCACGUGUUCAUGCCCUGCUGAUCAGAGGGUGAGGUGUGCUCUGAACCCGUUGAGGCUCGGGAUGAAGGAUUGGUGGAGAUUGACCACGGGGUCAUAUUCGGAGGCGCUGAGGGCUGCGGUAUCAUGGGAUCAAUUCCGAGAGAUGUUCAUCACUCGUUAUGUUCCGCAGGUUGAAAGGGAGAGAUUGGCUCAGGAGUUCCUUGAGCUGAAGCAGGAUUCGGAGUCGGUGACUGAGAUCACCAGGAUGUUCACUGAGAGGGCGAUGUUUUGCCCAGAGUUCGCUUCGGAGCAGGCUCAGAUGUCUCGAUAUCUAAGCAUGCUCAAGAGGGACAUCAGGCAGUUUGUGUCUGCGCAGAGGUGCGAGACAUUGUUGGAGUUGCAAGACGCCGCUAGGCGGCGUGAGUUAGAGAUUGAGUUGCAGUUGCGUGAGCUGAGGCAGGCUCUGGUGCAGUUGCAGCCGGUGCCGAAACGGUCCAAGACCGUUGAUGUUAGAGUGGGGGAUCUGAGCAGCCACACUUGUGGGAAGUGUGGGAGGGGUCACACCGGAGUUUGUAGGUCCGGUGGUGCAUGCCGCAAGUGCGGAAAGGAGGGGCACUAUGCGAGGGAUUGUCGGCAGUCAGCGCCAGUUCGGGAUUUGAGGAUUUGCUAUCAGUGUCAUCAGGUUGGGCAUUUGAGGGUCAACUGUCCACAGCUUGUUGCAGGACCGGUGCAGGCUCCAGCACCGGCCACUUUGAGGAUCACAGGUGGAGGUCAGGGUGGAGCGGAGCCCCCAAGGGCUCAGGGUCGUGCUUUUCAGCUUGUAGCAGAGGAGGGCAGGGCAGUGCCGGAUGCAGCUGCGGGUAUGUUUCUUUCUUGAUGUCUUGUUAUCUUGUGAUUAUUGUGGUGUAUUGUUUUGUGCUGGUAUCUUUGUGUGGUUUUCGAUGCGGUAUUCGUCAUUUUGCGGGUUAUGGUUUUGGUUAUGGGUUAUGGUUUUGGGAAUUCCGUUGGUUAUCAUUCAUGAGGGUUAUUAGUGGCAACCCGACAUUGGGUAUCAAGCCGGGUAGCAUCUGCGUUCUGAGGAGUGGUUGAUGCAGAUUGAGUUCUUUCGAGCAGGAUGAUCGGUGUUGAUGUGAGAUCUCGUUGAGUUUGUUUAUGUUUGUGGGAAGCAGUCCGUGUGUAAGGGAUUUCUUUGUGGAAGAGUUGUUUUGGGAGGUCGGUGAUGGCAACCAGUGGUUGAUAGUUAGUGCCCAAGUGGGGGAGAAUUGGAGAAUUCUCCGGGAGAUCGAUGAGUAAACGAAAGUGCUUAGCUGUUGGGAUUCAACAAGUGUUCUGUCAGCCCAGAGUAUAGGUUGAUAGGAGUGAGUAUCGAGCAUGCGGGGCGGGAUACAGACCUAGGGCAUUUGAUUGUGGAGGGCCUGGGAGCAGGCUGAGAUCAAGUAUGUAUGAUGGAGUUAGAGUUCGGAACCCCUCGAGGGCUAGAACGGUAUGCAUGGGAGAUUUUCUGGGAGGAUAGCCCGGAAUGUUGAAUGCUAGAUGAGCGGUCCGGAUAGACUGAAGUUCGGUAGGCGUACCAAUCAGGCCGAAAGCUCGGAGAACGGUCCAAUCAAACUGAAGGCACUGAGAGCGGUCCAGAUUGGCUGAAGGUUCUGACAGAGUGGUCCAGAUGGGCUGAAGGCCUGGUGAGGCGGUCUAGUCAUGCUGAAGACUCUGCAGGUAUCGUUGGAUCAGUUUGAGGAUAUGGAUUGUGUUCGUUGCAGUGCGUUUGCAUUAGAAGGUCUGGCCCUGGGUAGUGAUCAUGAUUAGUGGAGAUAGUGCAUGGGCUUGAGAGUCCCUGCUAUGAGAGUCAGAGUAUGUGUGUUGGAUGGAUAGCGGAUACGCUAAAGGGUGGUGUAGCGUUGGGCAAGCACCGUGGCACUUGUUAGAGUGGCAAUAUGGCCAAGUGGAUUCCUUGGAAAAAGGAGGUGAGAGAGGUGUGUAACUCCGAGAGGGAGUGCAAGUUCACGAAAGUGAGAGCGGCAGAGCAGAGUUAUGAUUUGAGUAAUUCGAGUAUGGUUUUUGAGCUGCGUGUUUGCGGCAGUGGGAUAGAAACUCAUCCGGUUUGGGAUGUCUGCUGGGGUUGCAGAGGAAUUCCGCAGAUGUAGAGCCAAGAGGCUCGGAAGGGGUGCAGGGAGAGAGCCUUGGGCUCUCAGUGUGAUUCAGAUCAGGGUAUGGGAUAUGUAUUAGCGGUUCAUCCUGGGGGAUGUUGGAGGAUAUCAUCAGUGUAUCAGGUUUUUCCCAACCUGAGGGUGCUGGAGAAGUCCAACAUGUGUAUGUGAAUGCCAGAGGAGAAUUCGUGGGAGUUGCUCUGAGAUUGAGAUUGGGUCUUUCCGUCGUCGCGGAAUGGAUAGAGUGGGAUUCGGAUCGGGGAUCCGAUGGUUCAUGGCUUUCUAAGCCCUUAUGGGUCGAGUGAAUGUUGAGAUUUGGGGCAGUGAUGCGUCAUGGGUAAUUCGCGGUUGUUGAGUGUGAUUAUCAGAGGGUACAACCGGUGCCCGGCUCGAGACGGUGAUCAGGACACCGUAAGGAAAAAGAAAGUGUGUUUGAGUUUCGAUGGGUAUGCCUUGAGGGACUUGGCCAGGUUAAGGCCAGGUGGCGCGUUGUGGGAGUAUCUUUGGGAUUGAAGUGUUGUAGGCUUCGAGGACGAAGCCUAAUUUAAGUGGGGGAGAAUUGUAACAUCCCGAAAUAUCAAGAGUAGAGUGGAAGGGCUAAAAGAGUAAUUGGGAAUGAGUGACUCGGCGAGUCCAUGGGUGGACUCGGCGAGUAGAGUCGCGACUGGGUCGCGUGUUAAGUAGCCGACUCGACGAGUCAGUAAGAUGGACUCGGCGAGUAGGCGCUGAGUGGAGAAAACCCUAAUUCUCGGGGUUGAGCCCUAUAUAAAGAUCAUUAUGUUUUCCUCCCAGCCUCUUUGUUCCCCCUUAAGUUCCAGAAACCCUAAAAUCGUGGAGAAGCACCAUUGUUGAGCAAUUUGGAGCUUGAAGAGGUGGUUGUUGAAGAGAUUCCAAAGAAGAAGAGGCUUGGAUCAAAGGGCUUUGCAAGGAUUCGGGAUAAUCUUCUCCUGGAGCUUCCUUUUGAGGUAUCUUUCCAUUGUUUGAGCUGCUAUUGUCUAGAUUCUUCAUUUUGGGGGUGUUGAGAUCAUAUCCUUUGGAUGUAUUGGAGUUUAGAGGCUAGAUCUGAGGUUGCUACCUCAGAUCUGGGAUGGAGAAGAGUUAGAAUGCAUGAAAGUCCCUGUGUUGAGUGUUGGAUGAAGCUAUCUUGUCCCAAACCUUAGCCCUAAUGUGCAAAAUGCAUAGAUCUCUUUGGAUUCACGUAAAGUUUGCCACUUUACGUGACGGAUGAGUUGUAGGAGGCUAGAUCUAUGUUUUGGAGCAAUUGCAUGGCCUGGAGUGCUUCUGUAUGGAUUCAGACCGGUGGUACUCAGCGAGUCACAUGGGUGGACUCGACGAGUUGCUUGAAGAUUGCCUGGAACUCGGCGAGUUGUAUGAACAACUCGGUGAGUAGGUUGAAGAUAGCCUUAGACUCGGCGAGUCUGUUCUUGGGCUCGACGAGUCUUGUCGAAGAGUCCCAGUAUUUUCUGGUCGAGUCGAGAAUCGGUGAGUCAAGGGAUGACUUGAUGAGUUGUGUGUGAGUGGACUCAGAGUUGUUGAACUCGACGAGUCUCAGGGUGACUCGGCGAGUUAGGUCGCGGUUUGAAGGAAGUUCUGAGUAUGGGGAUUCGGCGAGUCAUCGGGUUGACUCGACGAGUAGAGUCAGUCAGGGGUUGACUUUGACCUUGUUUUUGACCAAGGGUUGACCAGUGGUUUCCAGGGGCAUUUUAGUAAUUGUUGAUUGUUGUUUUGAGUUCAGUGCAUUGGCGGUUGUCCAGUGGUGGAGAUCGUAUCAAUGAUCGGAGCAGUUCGAGUUAUCGGUUCAGUCGGCAGUUUCGAGGUGAGUUAUCCUCACUAUAUCAACAGGGUCUAAGGCACCAAGGCCGGCCCUUAUCGGAUUGAGAUCCGGGUAGUUGUUAUUAUGUUGAUUGGUAUGUUAUGUUUGCAUCCCGAGAGCUAGGAUGGUAUAUAGAGAUCUGUUUGAGAACGGUACCCUGAGAGAUAGGGAGAUGCUAUGCUAGUGACCUGUUAGGUCGGUAUCCUGGUUAGGAUGAUGAUAUGCUAUGUGAUCUGUUUGAUCUGCUUGUUGACUGUGAGUUGCUAUAUGAUUGUAUGUAUAUGUGCACAUGGUUGUUUGGACUGGAGUUGGGUUGAGGCGGGUCCUGCUGUGUGCUGUAGGCCAAGAUACCCAGGGCGGACCGGUUGUCCCGAAGGCCCAGCGAGCGGUCCGGAUAGGCUGUAGGCCCGAAAGGGCGGACCAGACGUGCCGAAGGCUCGGAGAGUGGACCAGAUAGACUGAAGGCCCGGUGCGGGCGGACCAGUCAUAUUGUAGACUCAGAGAGUGGACCAGGUGGAUUGAAGGCCCGGGAGCGGGCGGACCAAUCACACUGCAGACUCGAUGUAUGUGGAUAGACUCAGAGGGUGGACCAGGUGGACUGUAGGUCGGUGCGGCGGACCAGUCACACAGUAGACCCGAAGUGCAUGGUUGUUCUAUGAUCGGAUAUGUUAUGGCAUGUUAUGCGUGUAUGGUAUUUGUGGUUGGUAUUUUAGGGAUAUCUCACUAGGCUUUCGGGCUUACAGUUGUGGUUUCAUGUUUUUCAGGUUCUUCAUGAGACUGUGGCAAGGCGAAGGCGUGAUCGUACCGCUCCUCAUGAUUUCGUAGUAUUGUGAUUCUGGGAACACGUUAAAUGUUUUGUAUUAAAAACCUUUUUGUAAAGAUUUAAUGGAAUCGAGAUGUUUUUGAAAAAUUUAAAAUUGGUUGUAGUUUUCGGUCAUUACAAACAACCUUUUCACUUCAUGGCCUGAUUUUUCCCGUGCUCUCGAACUACGCUUUGGCCCAUCAUCCUUUGAGAACCACCAAGCCGCCUUAUUCAAACUUCAACAAACUACCACGGUCACCGAGUAUGUCGCGAAUUUGGAACGGUUAAGCAAUAUGGUUGUUGGUUUGCAACCGGACGCAUUGCUUAAUUGUUUUGUUUCUGGUUUACGACCCACUAUCCAGAAUGAGUUAGCCAUCCUUAAACCUACUUCCUUCACCCAAGCAGUAGGCUUAGCAAAGCUCUUGGAAGAAAAACUCACUGUUGCUACUUCUUCCGCUGCUCUCAACCACACAGUGUCCCUUCCACCACCAGCUCUUUUGCCGACCCCCACCAUCAGGUCCUCCGUUUUGGUACCUGCCUCCGCCACUAUCACUUCUGUCGUACCAGCUGCUUCUGCACCACUGCCCACUGCU